AGUCUUGUGUACAUCGAUGAUUCGAUAGCGGGAUGCGGCAACAAUAUGCAUUAUUUGGCGAACGUAAAAGUCAAAGCUAAAGGGGGUGUAUACCUGUCAGUCGUAAGACCAAGUGGUGUAGAUUUGAGCCUUAAGAUCCAAGGGCACAUGUGUCCUCAAACGUGCAGCCAUGGGCGCAGCCACAGCGAAGAUCUAAUCAAUAGGCGCCCUUCUCCUGACCUCCCGAUCCCUUGUUCAGUUAUGCCUCCGACCUACCGAGACAAUGACAGAUUAGACGAGAAGAAAAAGAAACAUCGCGUUCGACAAAGUGGUCCCAAGGCUGACAAAAAGCAACUCAAGGACAAGAAAGCCCCUUCGCACAAUGUGAAAGCAUUUGCUGUCCAGCACACAACGAAGGCCGCUCGUCUCGUUCAGCGUACGCUUGAUUAUCGGACAAAGAAGCAACACCUACCCCAGUCUUCUCAUGUAGUCGAUGCACCGCCACCUAUGGUUGUCGCCCUUGUCGGACCACCGAAAAGUGGUAAGACAACGCUCCUAAAAAGCUUGAUCAAGCAUUUUGCUCGUCAAGCAAUCAAUGUUGUCAAGGGUCCUUUGACAGUGGUCGUUGGUAAAAAGGUGCGACUCACGUUCAUUGAAUGUGGUUGUGACAUAAACAGCAUGCUUGACGCCGCCAAAAUAGCCGAUGUCGUACUUUUGAUGGUGAACGUUCGCACCGGUUUGGAGAUGUACCAUUUCGAGUUUAUCAAUAUGGUCCAAGUACACGGAAUGCCUCGGGUUAUACCGGUACUCAACCAUCUGGACACGUACAAAGAUUCCAGUUCGUCGAGAGCCGUGCGACGGAAAAUCAAACAACGUCUUUGGGUUGACUUGAAUUCCAAGAUAUUUCUUUUAUCACGAUUCCAGCCGAAAAAAUAUCCUACUUCCGAAGAGCCAGUAGGCGAAUUUAGUAAGCCUGGAGAUUACCUAAUCGCGGAGGUUCGACGCCUGGCGCGAAUGAUUGUCGUCAAAAUCCCUCGUGCUACUGAUUGGCGCACGUCUCAUCCGUAUAUGCUCAUCGAUCGCCUGGAGGAUAUCACUGACAGUACAUUGCUUUCCGAGUCACCUCAUGCUGAUCGUACGGUGAGCAUGUAUGGCUGGGUUCGGGGCGCUCCAUUACCGCCAGCACUCACUUCUCCAGGAAUCCAUAUCGCUGGUCUUGGCGAUUUCACUCUAGCCGAUUGUACUCGUCAACCGGACCCGUGUCCUCUGCCGAACCAGAUUGCGGCGCUGGCCAACAUUGCUUCGUCAACCGGAAAACCCAGUCGCCACCUGGCUGAAAGAGAUCGAAAGAUUUACGCUCCUAUGUCGAGUCUUGGAGGUGUAUUGUUCGAUCGAGAUGCAACCUACAUUGACCUUGGAGGCAGCCAUUAUUUAACGCAACAGCGACAACGCGGCGGGCGUUCUCAAGUCGUCACACAAACAGCACUAGACGAGGUUCAUGCAACCUUUGGUCACCUAGGCGGCUUGGAUGAACAGAUGGAGAGUGAGCACCGUGUCCGCAUUUUGGGUGAUACGCCAUAUUUGCUUGGGAAGCAAGUAGACAUGGACGAUGAAGAAAUGAGCACAGGUACAGACACCACUGACAAUGAGAACGAAGAGUCUGACGAGGAGGAUGACCAGUCGACAGAACGUACAGCUUCUGUCACCCAAACCGAGUCCGUAGAAGAUGCUAAAGUAUUUUCCGACAAUCUGUUUGCCGGUUUUCUCGUACCAGCUGGAACAGAACCAUCGCGCCAGCCGCCUGCGGAGACUCGUAAACAUCACCAGUCGUCGUCUACAAACAAAAGUGUUCAUCUCGAAGUGAAGCAAGUCCUUGACGAUAUUGAUUGGCGAACUACCCGGCCAGCACGUGUUAAUUGGAACCGCAUUAUCUACAGACAAGUUCAACCAUCGGAAAUUGACGAAGCAACCACCAAAUCCACGGUAGACGGGCUUUUUCGUGUCCCUUCUCAACAAGGAUUUGAUGAUCAUCCGAGCCUUGGAAUGACUGUUAGGACUCACGACUUUACAAUACCACUGCGUUUCGGCAGUUCGGCAAGUUCUCCCACAGACUGGACAGAUCCCGGGAUGCUAGAAAGGAUAGCAAACAGAUUUACCACCGGGCAAUGGGAUGCCUCAGAGGACGCCCAAACUCUGCUGCAGACGGACGCCCAGGCCCGUGCUGCACUGGCUGCACAGGAAGCCCAUAAAUAUGCCGCUGCUUCAGCAAGCAAAGUGCGUUACAAAGGGGCCUCUGAUGGCUAUUCGGAUGAGGAGAUGGAAGAAGUGGAGGGUGGUGGUGAAGGCGAGGAAGAGGACGCUGCUGAUUCUUAUAACACAUCUGAUGAGUCUGACGUAGAAAUGGCGAGCGAUGAAGAUGUCUUUGCUGGUUCCGAUAAACAAAGUGGGGAUUCUGGUGGACAGGAAUCUGAUGCUGAGAGAGAUGACCCGAAUGCCGAAUUCGAGAAGCGUCUCCUCCGACCAACCAAACGUCAGAAAUUGUUGGAGAAGCGCAAGCGCCACAAAGCACUGUUUGAGAAGCUGUAUGAAGCUGCUGGUGGAGGUUCUGAGGCAACUGCGUUCUACGAUAAACUUGUGACUGCAAAGGAGGCUCAGCUAGCAGCCAAUCGAGCAGUACUCCAAAGUCUUUCUGAAGAAGCGGUAGAACAACUUGAAGGCUUUCCUCCAGGUGCUUAUGUACGCUUGGAGUUCAGAGCGCCGAGGAGGCUAAAGGCUACAUCCAAGUUCGGUUUCGUACCCAUCGUUGGCUCAAACGUGUGCUUCGAUCCAACGACCCCAUCACCGUGUCUAUCGGCUGGCGUCGCUNGAUCCAACGGCCCCAUCACCGUGUCUAUCGGCUGGCGUCGCUAUCAAACUGUGGGUGUAUUCUCGAAAGAGGAGCACAAUCUUCGGAAUCGAUUCCUCAAGUACUCUCUCCCUCAUGAACAUUGUCUCAUCACUAUCUACGGCCCUUUGGUUCCCGCAAAAACUGGCGUUACAUUGUUUGUCAAUUCCGCGUGGCGCCCGCAAUCAGACGCGUCCGGUCUGCCGACAUUCCGUGUUGCCGGAACCGGGAGCGUUACAGCCACAGAUCAGUCGUUUCAAAUUAUGAAGAAACUCAAGUUGAUUGGAGAGCCGUACAAAAUAUUCUCCAAGACAGCAUUUAUUCGUGGCAUGUUCAACAGUGCUCUGGAAGUUAGCAAGAUGGUUGGCGCACGAAUCCAAACGGUGUCCAACAUCCGAGGUCUAAUUAAGUCGGCACUGACCAAUCCAUCGGUUUCGCAACCUGGGGAUUUCCGUGCCACAUUCGAGGCUCAGCUUCGGCGGUCUGACUUGGUCUUCUUGCGCACUUUUGUUGCUGUCGAGUUGCCGCGCUAUUACAACCCCGUGUUGAAUCGCCUGUGUCCGGUGGAGGGGGAGGAAGCAGUUGGUCCUGGCGACACCCACGGAUGGCGACUAAUGCGGACGCUGACAGAGCUACGGAAGGAAACCGGUGUGAAGGUUGAAGUGAAUGCAGACUCGCAUUACAAGCCCAUUCAGCGUCCCGUACACGUACCAACUCCUCUGUACGUUCCAACCAAACUGGUCGCUGCCUUACCGUUUGCACAAAAGCCGAAAAUGUCCAAGAAGAUGGCUCAACUAAUCACCAUAGGUUGCGCUGGCUUGCUCACUCGCUCUCCCAUUCAGCGUCCCGUACACGUACCAACUCCUCUGUACGUUCCAACGAAACUGGUCGCUGCCUUACCAUUUGCACAAAAGCCGAAAAUGUCCAAGAAGAUGGCUCGAGAACUACUUGGGGGAGAUAAAGUCAAAGCCGCUGUAUUUGGUGACUUACCGCCGCCAAUCAAAGCCGCCGCAGACAGAAAUAUGGAGACACGAGAGGAACUGUUAUCACGUCUGCGUCAGUUGCAUGCGGAUUAUAAGCAACGUCAGCGUGAGAAAAUGGUAGCCCGGGUGUCGAAGCACAAACAAGAGAUGGCCAAACUGGAGCAGAAACGACUCGCAAACGAACGUCAACGGAGGAAGGCGUUUUUCGCUCGCCAAGGUGGUCGACGAAGAGGCAAGAAGAGUGAUCGAUCAGAAUAGACGGGCAACAGCCCAUUAGUGUACAGCGGAAAUCGGUUGUAAUAUAUGUUUGUAACAAUUUCGC